UAUGUGGAGAAGUUGUUGUGGAAACCACCUAUACAUCUGUUCACAGAAUUUAUGGCGGAGCCUCUAAGUAAUGGAAGUCGUUCAGAAGAACACUUUUCCCAUGUUAAAUGUAGAUCAGAGAAAGAAGAUUUACUACCUUGUGCCAGUGAAAGUCAUCUCUGCUGCCUGAAGCAGGACAUCCUGAAUGAAAAGAAUGAACUGGAAGCAACACUUAAGGAAGCCGAGUUGGCAGCCCAUUCUGUAGAAUUACUUUUGCCAUUAUUUAAGGAUACCAUUGAAGAGAUUAGUUUUGAAAAUGCUAAUCUUUCUGCAUCCAGUUUGAAGAAGAUUUCUGAACAGAAGGAAAUAUUAACAAACGAAUUAGACACUUUUAAGCGUGUAAAACUAGCUUUAGAACAUCUUCUUAGAAAUUCGGACUAUAAACAAACAGGAGACGAUUUACCUAGCCUGUUGUUAAAGAUUCUAACUGAGGAUGGAAGUGAAAAUACUCUAACGAGUCUUAAGAAGAGGGUACUUGAGAAGGAAACCUAUAUCCAAGAACUUUCUUGUUUGUUUCAGAAUGAAAAGGCAAAUGCUUUGAAAGCAAACCGUUUUUCUCAAUCAGUAAAAGUAGUACAUGAUCGACUACAGUUCCAAAUUCAUAAAAAGGAAGCAGAGAAUGAUAAGCUAAAAGAAUACAUAAAGAGCUUAGAAUCCAAGAUAGCCAAAUGGAACUUGCAACUGAGAAUGAAUAAGCACGAGGCUGUGGCGAUGAAGAAAGCAAGCAGGCAAAAAGUGACAGCUCUAAAAAAAGCGUCUCAGAUUUAUCAACAAAGGCUCGAACACUUUACAGGAGAUAUUGAAAACUUUGCUUCCAAAAUUAGAGAUCAGGAAGCCAGGUUAUCUGAAACAAUUUCAGUUUCCAAUGCCUGGAAAAGUCGUUAUGAGAAAGUUGUAAUGGAAAAAACUGAAUUGGAAGUUCAGAUUGAAACAAUGAAAAAGCAAAUCAAUAGUCUUCUGGAAGACCUGCAGAAAAUGGAAGACCAUGGAAAAAAUUCAUGUGAAGAAAUUCUUAGAAAACUUCACUCAAUUGAAUAUGAAAAUGAAACUCUAAAUCUUGAGAAUACAAAAUUAAAGGCUACACUUGCUGCUUUGAAGGACAAGGUUGUUUCUGUUGAAAAUGAACUCUUAGAAUUACAAGAAGUAGAAAAACAACAGAAAACCCUCAUGGAAGCAUACAAAACUGAGGUACAAAAGUUGCAAGAAGCAGCUGAAUUAGUGAAAAGCCGAUAUGAAAAUGUGCUACGUGAAAAUAGCCUAAUAACAGAAAACAAAAAUAAAAAGUUAGAGAAGAUGAGAGGCCAGAUGGAGUCUGGUCUGCAGAAGUUAGAGCUUGUCCGCGAUUCCUUGACGACAGCCGAACGGAGGCUUCAGGAGUGUCAGGAGAAUUUGCAGCGCUGCAAGGGGAAGUGUGCAGACCAGGAACGCACCAUUAGGGAGCUGCAGGGCCAGGUUGAUAAAGAUCACAAUCUUCUGAUGAAGCUUUCUCUGGAAAAGGAAAAUUAUCUUAUUCAGUUGAAGUGUGAAAAUCUUAAACAGAAAUUAGAACAGAUGGAUGCAGAAAAUAAAGAGCUUGAAAAGAAGCUGGUAAACCAAGAAGAAUGUCUCAAGCACAGCAAUCUUAAGUUUAAAGAGAAAUCUGAAGAAUAUACAGCAUUGUCCACUCAACUAGAAGCUGCUUUAGAAGAAGGGAGACAAAAGGUUUCUGAAGAAAUAGAGAAAAUGUCAUCUAGAGAGAGGGCCUUACAAAUUAAAAUAUUAGAUCUGGAAUCUGAGCUUAGAAAGAAAAAUGAAGAGCAAAAUCAGCUUGUUUGCAAAAUGAACAGCAAAGCACAACAUCAGGAAGUGUGUUUGAAAGAAAUACAACAUAGUCUUGAGAAGUCGGAAAAUCAAAAUGAGAGUAUUAAGAAUUAUUUACAGUUUCUUAAAACUUCUUAUGUAACAAUGUUUGGAUAAAUCCUCAAAUUUA